UAGAGGCGACUGCAUGAACACUGUAAAAUAUAAAAUAAAAAUAAACUAAUUACUAAUUAGUGAGUUAACUGCAACAUAAUAUGGUAAAACCUUAGCUUUAUUUCAAACAGUUGCUUUAAAAAGAACAUAACACUUUAAGUUGUUUUCAUAAACCAGUACAGUUUCAGUUUUUGACGAUGACAGAAUAAAUUACGGACCAACAGCAGUAUUUUUCACGUUAUUUUAGCAAGUUUUCCACUACUAAUCUCAUCCUCACUCCAGUCCAGAAGGUGGCGGUAAUCCACCUAAAAGCUGUUUGCCAACCGCCAUUAAACAAACAAAAAAAGAAGAAGAAGAACCCCCCUUUCUGUUUCCUUGUUCUUGCAGUUUGUUUUUUCCAUGUGUUUUCAGCUAUAUGCAUUGAAAUGGAUCUGAGUGUAGAUGGAAACAAAAGGCGUCUGCGACGAAAACGAGCAGACGGAGAAGAUGAUGAAGCUGUCGGCGUGAAGAAGGACAAAACUGAAGCCAGCCGGUUGGAGUCUUGUUUGGAUCAACCCACCGAUUCAAGCAGCAUCCAUGAAGUCAUCAAGUAUACACCCUCAGUGCUGCCAGCCAGACAUUAUGAUGUCGACACCACCGAACCAAUAAGCUGUGGUCUUCAGACUUUGGACGAGCUGCUGUCAUGGAACCGAAGUGAGGCGAACCCUUUUAAUGUGGCAGCAGUCCCUCUGGCACCUCGGGAACCUCCUCUGGCCAGUUCUCCACGGCGGACGUUGGUGUCUCAUGACAUGAUGGGCGGUUACCUGGACGACAGGUUCACCCAGGGGACAAGUGCAGAAGCUCCGUAUGCCUUCUACCACUGGCAGUACAUUGAUAUAUUCAACUACUUCACACACAAGCUGGUGACUAUUCCUCCUGCUGUGUGGACCAAUGCUGCUCAUAAACAUGGAGUCUCCGUUAUAGGGACGUUCAUCACAGAGUGGAGUGAUGGCGCCGCAGCAUGCGAGGCCUUCCUGAAGGAGGAGGAGUCGUACCGGGCUGUAGCUGAUAAGCUAGUCCAGAUCAGCCACUAUUACGGCUUCGACGGCUGGCUCAUCAAUGUAGAGAACAUCCUCAGCGAGGUUGCAGUGAAGAACACACCUCUGUUCCUGCGCUACCUCACAGACCAGAUGCACGAGCGAGUCUCCGGCAGCCUGGUCCUGUGGUACGACAGCGUGACCGAGAACGGACAGCUGAACUGGCAGAACGAACUCAACCAGACCAACAGGGUGUUUUUCGAUGCCUGUGACGGUUUCUUCACCAACUACAACUGGACGGAGCAGAACCUGGAGACGAUGAAGGACUACAGUGGGAUCCAAGGCCGCACGGCUGACGUCUACGUUGGGGUAGACGUGUUCGCCCGGGGCAAGGUGGUAGGAGGGAUGCUGGAAACAAAUAAGGCACUGGAGGUCAUUCGGAGGCACGGCUUCUCUGCAGCCGUCUUUGCUCCGGGCUGGGUGUACGAGACCAACGAUGAUAAGACUGAAUUCCGCAAGAACCAGGACAUGUUCUGGGCUCUUCUGUCAGACUACCUGUACGUCCACCGGCCCGCCUCGCCUCUCCCCUUCAUCUCCUCCUUCUGCCAGGGCUUUGGGAAGGCUGUCUUCUGGAGAGGAAAGAAAGAGACAAUGAGGAGCUGGUUCAACCUGACUGCUCAGGAGAUCCAGCCCCUGUACUACCGCACACAGCUGGGGGGCCACGGCUGGCUGAGGAGCCGGGGCUGCCCGGAGGACGCCUGGAACGGAUGCUGCUCGCUGCUGCUCGACGGCCUCAUCCCCGCUUCUCACACGUCCCCAGUUUGUGCCAAGAUCUUCUCACUCCAUGUGGCCCUGCCAUCCCAGACCCUGGUGAGCUUCAUCUACAAGCCGUCUGCUGGGAUCACAGUCUCCCUGGAGCUGAAGACCACAGAUGUUUGCACGCAGACGGACAUCGACGAUGCCAGACUUACCAGUGUGAGUCCUGAGGUGUUAGAUGGGGGGCACCCGCUGGUGAGACAGUUCUCUCAGCUAUGUGGAGACUUGAAUCCAGAUGGUUGGACUGUAAGAUGUUCGCAGCUGGAGCACAGUGGCUGUUCUCUGAGAGAACUUUGUGUCAGUAUCCAGCGGAGUGGAGACCCUCAGGACACACCGUUCAGCUGCAGGGUGGGAGAGAUCAUGCUGCUGGAUGUAGCCAGUCUGCAGGUUCCCCCCGAGCCACUUCAGGGCUUGUGCAUCUUUGACGUGGUGUGGCUGCAUGGCGCUGGUACCUCUCCAGAGUCCACCUCUCCCUUCCUGCGCCUCAAUGCCACUCUGCGCUGGGACUACCAGACCAAGCUCGUACGCCACUUCAGGGUGUACUGGCGACGGCUGAGAGGACCUGAUCCCCGAGUCCCCCCGGGUCAGCUGGUUCUGGUGGGACGGGCGUAUUCUAAUCUGUUUAGGGUAACGGAGCUGGCCGUGCCGGAGCCCCCCGCGUUACUGGAGCUGGUGGUGGAGCCGGUGAUCAGGAACGGCUUCCUGGUCCCAGAGAGCCACUGGGGAAGAAGAAGCCUCAGCUACACAGAGGAAGUCACACAAUGACUGUGAACAGAUGUUAUCAUAUCAUCAGGCUGCUUCUUCUUCUCUCCUUAAAUGGUGCUGAAACCUCGACUGAUGUAAAACUCCACACAUCCAAGAUGGAGCACUUAAACGUUUCUUCCUCUCUUAGAGGCGUGUGUGCAUAUAGUGUUUUUCCUCUGCACUAGUUUCAUCUCAGCUGCGUGUGGGUUUUGUUUCUAUGACAACGGUAUCUUGACAAGACUUCACCAAAGCUGUAGCAUGAUAGACCAGCAUCACCCGCUUGCUUUUCAUUACUGUUCUAUUACUUUUUAUUACUGUUUUUUUUAUAGUCAGAUAAGUGACAACACUCUCUCCUCAUUGGGAACGGUUGUAAAAAAGAAUCUGGCUCUCAGUUUAAGAGGCCCCUGUGAUGGCUGUUGAGAUUAUAGCUGACUAUCCCACAUCUGUUUGGCUACUUUUAUAUCUGAAAGUCACUUAAGUUUGGAUUUGAGAGGCAAAGCCUGACUGUUGAUCAAACAACAUGAUAAACGUGACGCUAAUCUGCUUGAAUUAUUCUGUCUUACUUUGUUUUACCUACUUUAACUGAGCAGUUUUCUUUUUACCACUUCACUUCAUUCACUUACCACUUAGUUGAUUUUUUUUUUAGCUUUCAGCCACAUCACAUGCUUUUCAUCAGGGCUAUAGAUGAAAUCAUUACAGCUACUGAGUUUGAAGAACUUGUAAUGUGGUAGUUGGCAUUUUGGGAAAAUACCUGUCCAUUCAAUUUCUUGUCAAGAGUUAAAUGUGAAAAUUGAUGCGACAGCUAGCAACUGGUUAGCUUAGCUUAUCAUAGACUGGAAACAGGGAAACAGCUUGGCUCUGCCCUGAAGUGAUAAAAUCUGUGUACCACCACCUCUAAAGCUCAAAUUAACACUUCGUAUCUGGUUUGUAGAAGAAACAAAUCUUACUGGAGUCUCUGCUGGUUGCCUGGCAACCUCACAAAGACGACAAGACUCUUGUUUCUGUGCAGAUUAAAGAUACGUUUUAAUUAAUGAGCUUUACAGGUGCCGUUAGCCUGAUUUUGUUACCUUCUGAACAGAGUGAGGCUAACUGUUUCCCUUUGUUUCCAGUAUUUGUGCUAAGCUAGGCUAACUGGCUGCUGGCUAAAUCUCCAUAUUCCCCUUACAGACAUGAGUGGUAUUCAUCCUCUAAUCUAGCUCUCUCAUGCAUCUCUACAUUUUCUGUGCUUAAGCAAACUAAUGUACCCCUCAGCUUAUAAUGUUAUGAAAGUUAUGCUUUUUAAAGAUGCAAUAUCUAGACAAAUUAAUACUAUAUUAAUACUUGACCAUUGUCUGAUUAAAUAUUUUAAUAGUAAUAAUAAGCUUUAUUUAUAUAGCACCUUUCACAACCAAAGUUAUAAAGUACUUUACAAUAAAACCAAAUAUUAAAAGUAAAUAAAAACCAGAACUUUAACCAUCAGUUAAGGAAAAGUCAUACGAUAAAUGUGAGUUUUAAGAACACUGAGUUUGCCUGCUGAGAUCUUCUGGACGUUCCAGAGCUGUGUGGCCCGGACAGCAAAGGCCUGGUCACCUUUGUUAACAACCUGUCAGCAGCGUUUUGUAUCAACUGCAAUCUCUGGAUGUUUGGCCCACUGAUACCAGAACACAACAUUAAUCGGGUCUGGAAGAGGUGAAACAAUGGGUGUUCUUCUUUUUUUUUUAAGUCUGCGCAGUAAGGAAACGACCUGAUCUGGGUUAGUUGUCUCUUUAUUGGAUACGGCAACCAGACUAAUAAAGGACGCAUCCGUGGUAUCAGGCUUCAUCAGGACCUAUGAUUGGGUGUCAGGCAUGUAGCAAUGGAAAACAAUGUCAUGGCGUUGCAAGAUUUGCCCCAGUGGAAGCACGUAUUCUACAGAAGCAAGGCAGACACUGAUUAAUCUUUCUCUAUCUCUGCUCUGCCUCCCUCCUUUGUCUCUCAAGGUUCCUUAACUCUUCAUACAACCAUUAAUGCAAGAGCAACUAAAAACCCUGACUGUCUCAUCUAGAGUGUGGCCAUUUUGUUUUCUGGUAUCAAAAAAUGCAGAGUGAAUUGAAGGUCUACCAUGUACAGUUCAUACUGAGCAUGAUAUUUGCACAGAGGAGAACAAAUGAAUUCAUGUUACAUCUCAGGUUUCUCAAUGGUGUCCUUCAUCUACAGAUGCUUUUUCUGUUGCAGUAGCAGUGCGAAUUCAUUUUCCUAUUGUUUAUAUUCAUGCAUGGUGCUUAUUAAUUCAAAUGAAUUCAUACUAUGGGACUUGCAUAUAUAGUAGAGAAGUGCGAUUCAAAAUUUGCUAUUCCAAAUGUACAAAAUAUAUGUUUCAUUAUAUCAAC